AUGGCUCCCUCACAUCCCUCAAGAGGGCAAGGCAACCCCAACGAUGUUACGAUCGAUAUUCCUCUUACAAAAGUACAAACGUCACGGAGUACAGGUGCUCGCAAGAACCAGACCCUUGCUUCCAAUAUAGAAGAUAAUGACAAGACUGAAGUCCUGGACGAGAAGCAGAAUGUACACUUCAAUAGAGGCGCAGGAAGGAGGAAGAAAUUUGAAGAGCAAGGAAAGAAGGCUGUCAAGAACGAGGAUGGCACCCUUACUAUGAUGGGCAAGAUUUACGACAAGAUUUACCACUUCUCUGUUGUCACUCGAUAUCUUCUUUACGUCGCUCCAGUCGCAUUGUGUAUUGCAGUGCCUAUUAUCGUUGGAGCCACCGCCACACCGAACGCUCGCAUCGGCGGCACAAGAAUCACCUGGUUCUUCACCUGGAUCGAGAUUGUGUGGUGCUCUAUCUGGGCGUCCAAGCUAGUGGUACAUUUCCUGCCAUACCUCUUCCAGUUCAUCGUUGGUGUCAUCAGUUCUGGUACUCGAAAAUAUGCCCUGAUUUUGGCCGCUUUAGAGAUUCCUUUGUCGCUGGUCGGCUGGGCUGUCGUCAACCUGGUAACCUUCAGACCUCUUAUGACUAGGACUCCUGGCCGCGCUGAAGCAAAUUACAAUUGGAUUGGCGUUAUGGAGAAGAUCCUUGCUGCCUGCGUCUUUGCUACGCUCAUUCUACUAGUCGAGAAAGUGUUGAUUCAGCUCAUCUCGAUCAGCUACCACCGCAAGCAAUUCGAUGCGAAGAUUCAAGAUUCUAAGAGAAACAUCUUCCUCCUUACGCAACUCUACGAUGCCUCCAAAGCUAUGUUCCCAACAUACUGCCCCGACUUCGCUGAGGAGGACUACAUCAUUAGUGAUGUGCUUGGUAUUACCAGCAUCGGCACUCCAGGCAAGCGCAAGUCAGGUACAAUCACUCCCAUGCGCUUGAUCCAGAAUGUACAGAGGGUUGGCGAGCAAGUCACCUCGGCUUUUGGACACAUGGCUGCUGAUCUCACUGGCAAGCAGAUCUUCAAUCCAACGGCUUCCCACUCAACCGUUAUUUUGGCUCUAGAAAAGAGGAGGUCCUCGGAAGCACUUGCUCGCAGAUUGUGGUUGUCCUUCGUCCUCGAGGGUAAGGAAGCUCUUUACCUCGAAGAUGUUAUUGACGUUCUGGGCCACGAUCGUGAGGAAGAAGCCGAAGAGAUCUUUACCGCGCUCGACAUUGACGGCAACGGUGAUAUCAGCCUCGACGAAAUGGUUCUCCGAGUCAGCGAAUUUGGUCGUGAACGUGCAGCAUUGGCUAAUAGCAUGCGAGAUGUUGACCAAGCCAUUUAUGUCCUCGACAAUCUGCUUAUGACCGUUGUCUUUGUCAUGGUUGUGUUCGUCUUUGUCGCUUGGUUGAAUCAGAGUUUUACUACAACUCUAGCAACAGCUGGUACUGCCCUGCUGUCUCUCUCGUUCGUCUUCUCGGCUACUGCUCAAGAACUACUUGGCUCUUGCAUUUUUCUAUUCGUCAAGCAUCCUUAUGACGUCGGAGACCGAGUCGAUAUCAGCAAUGAGCAGCUCGUUGUUGAAAGAAUCAGCUUGCUUUACACCAUGUUUCGCCGAGUCAAGGAUCACAAACGUACACAAGUACCAAAUAUUGUUCUCAACUCAUUGUGGGUCGACAAUGUCAGCCGUUCCAAAGCAAUGCGCGAACAAGUCACCCUGGCAAUCAGCUUUGAUACUACCUUCGAGGAUAUCGAGCUGCUUCGCGAGGAGAUGCAGAAAUUCGUUCGCGAAAAUGGUCGAGACUAUCAACCAGAAAUUGAUAUCGAAGUCCUUGAUCUUCCAGAUAUGGCCAAGCUGUCACUCAAAAUCGAAUGUCGCCACAAGAGUAAUUGGUCGAUCGAGUCUGUCCGUGCCGCCAGACGCAGCAAGUUCAUGUGUGCCCUUGUUCAAGCUCUAAGAAGGGUUCCUAUCUAUGCUCCUGGCGGUGGUGCUGCUGUGCUUGGGGACAAGGCUAACCCGUCCUACUCGGUGGCUAUCAGUGAUCCUGAAGCUCGUGAGAACGCUGAGCAAUAUAGUAAGGACAAAGAAGCAAAGAGAAUGACUCCGACAGAGAAGGCCGAAGAAGCGACUGCAACCUCGAGCUCUGUCGACUUCUUCGGUGAUUCGUCAAAUGAAACUCGAGAGCGGGUCAAUGCUGAUGCCCUGAAAUCGACGAAGGUGGUCGUUGAUCCAUCAGGUCAAGGUCGCGAGGAUUAUGCAGCAUCAGCCCUAACGCGCCAGCGAACAUCCAUUGACCGACAACGCUCGUCCCUUGACAGACAGCGCUCAUCCCAUGACCGCCAACGUACAUCUCUUGAUCGACAGCGGACGAACGACCUUGAAGAAGUCAAGAACAUCAUGCGAAGAGAAUCGACCCGAGGCCGCCGCAAGAUUACUCAACACGUAUCUUAUUCUCCAAUCGCAGAGGUACCGACACCCAGCUACGAACCACCUAGUGGUCUCUCUGGCUCUACAGCGCAAAACCAGUCAUCAGCACCACAGAAUUUCCCACAACCAGCUCCUCGACAUCUUAUCCAGCACAAUUAA